AGUGUGAACCCCAUCUUUUCGCACUUAGCCCCCCCCUACUUUUUAAAACAUUGCAUCUUUUUACCUUUUCAAUAUACAAUUGGCGGCCAAAACCGCACGUUUGAAUUGGCCAUCUAUAUAUAAGCUUGUAAUGAGCCCUCAGCUUGUCUACUACCACUUGCUGCAUUCUCUCCAUACACUACCCCCUCUCGAAUUAAGAUUAAUGUGCUUCGACAUGUCGAAUUUACCCAAAUUUGGGCUCGGCGGAGCUGAAGAGGGGGAGGAGGAGGCGGUAGAGUCGAGAGAACCGGCGUUAAUGGCGCCGGUUCUGUCGAGGUACCAUCGGGACCUGGAGUUUUCAGCAAUGGUGAACGCAUUGAGCCGGGUGGUCGCGGGGGAGCCGGACCCCGCAUUUUCUUCGUCGGGGUCUUCGCAGUCUUCUUCGUCGUCCGGGUUGAGGAUGGCGAGGGGGGAGGUGGGUUAUGGGCUGCAGCGUUAUUACCAGGCUGGCGGUCAUGGGUUCGGUGGUGGUGGUGGUUAUGGAGGAGGAGAGGGUUCAUCGAGUUUUAGCAUUGCAGGUUCUAGCCGAGUUGGUAAGUUGGAUGUGAGUAGUACGCACGAAUUUAAUUUCGUGGAAUGCCCGAGGGCCGUGCAUUGGAGGGUGCCCCUUAACGACUCCCGGGGGUUUGAUAUCCAUGAUCCGAGGGAUCGUGGGGGGGAUCGAGUUCCCUCCCCAAACCCAAUAAAAGAUUAUUCAUUAGGAAGACGGUAG